CUCUCGGCCGACGCUUCCCAUGGCUGACUGGGCUGGGGCGUGCUCCGCCGGGCGCAAGGCCCGAGGUCCCCGCGGCCCCCGAAACGUCGCAGGUACUAAACAGACAAAUGCCUUGAAACAAGAAGCAGCUUCUAAAAGUUGUAGAAGAUCUUUUCUGCUAGACUUCAGUCUUUUUCACUGAUGGUGGUUCUGCAGACAGCUGUGAUUUUGGUGUGCUGGAAAGCAGAACUAGAAGCAGCUGUCAGAAAGAAGAUUGAGUUUGAGAGAAAAGCUCUGCACAUUGUUGAACAGCUGUUAGAGGAGAAUAUUACAGAAGAAUUCCUAAGGGAGUGUGGGAAGCACAUCACGCCUGCUCACUACAGCGAUGUUGUGGCCGAGCGUUCUAUCAUCAAACUCUGCGGCUACCCCUUGUGUUGGAAGAAGCUAGAAAAUGUACCAAAACAGAAAUAUAAAAUUUCUACCAAAACCAAUAAAGUCUAUGAUAUUACUGAAAGAAAGUGUUUCUGCAGCAAUUUUUGUUACAGAGCUUCUAAGUUUUUUGAAGCACAAAUUCCUAAAACUCCAGUAUGGGUUCGAGAAGAAGAAAGAGAUCCUGAUUUUCAGCUGCUACAGGAAGGACAAAGUGGCCGUUCUGGAGAAGAAAUACAGUUACGCAGUACAGCCAUUAAGACAUCAGAUAUUGACAAUCCUGGCCAUUUUGAGAAGCAUUGUGAAUCUAGUUCUUCUGGCACUCACAGUGAUAGUGGCAGUGAUAACGAGCAAGACUUUGUUUCCUCCAUUCUACCAGGAAACAGACCAAGUGCAAUGGGUAUAAGGCCACAGCUGCGCAAGAAGAGCAUAAUGAAAAAGAAAGCUGGUCAAAAAGCUAGCUCCAAACAUGAAAGCAAGGAACAGACAGUGAUAAAUGUCGCUAAGCAAUUAGACAAUUGCAGAUUAGAUAGUCAGGAGAGAGCUGCUGCUUGUGAGCUUCCUGUGCAGAAAGUAAAUACUCAGAUUUCUUCAACUAGCCCUUCACAAGAAAAAUCAGAAGCUUCAGAAGCUUCUGAAAAUAAAUACAGUAGUUCAAAAAUAACCCUUGUAGGCAUAAGUAAGAAAAGUGCUGAGCAUUUUAAGAGGAAAUUUGCCAAAUCGAACCAAGUUCCUAGGUCAGCAUCUAGUUCAGUGCAGGUGUGCCCUGAGGUUGCAAAGGCAAACUUACUUGAAGUCCUGAAGGAGACUUUGAAUGAGUGGAAGACAGAAGAAACCUUGAGGUUUUUGUAUGGCCAGGAUUAUGUUUCUGUAUGUCUGAAACCCUCUUCAACCCCUCUGGUUGAAGAAGACGAACUUGAUGAAGGUGAUGUAAACUCUGACCCAGAGAGGCAUUCCCCUGCCUUGCAGGAAUCUCAGAACAGCUUGGAUGAGUCUUUACCAUUCAGAGCCUCAGAUUCAGCCAUUAAACCACUGCCAAGUUAUGAAAACUUGAGAAAAGAAACUGAAACAUUAAAUCUAAGAAUCAGGGAGUUUUAUAGAGGACGGUACGUCUUGAAUGAAGAAACCACCAAAUCACAAGACUCGGAAGAGCAUGAGCCUACCUUUCCACUGAUAGAUUCAAGUUCUCAGAACCAGAUUAGAAAACGCAUCGUACUUGAAAAAUUGAGUAAAGUAUUGCCUGGACUUUUGGGGCCUCUUCAGAUUACAUUUGGAGAUGUUUACACACAACUUAAAAAUCUUGUCCGAACUUUCAGAUUAACAAAUAGAAAUAUUAUACACAAACCUGCAGAGUGGACCUUAAUUGCUUUGGUGUUGCUGUCAUUGCUGACCUCGACUCUUGGAAUUCAGAAGCAUUCUCAAGAAAACGUGGCGUUUACACAGUUUAUCACCAGCCUGCUCAGAGAAUUUCAUUUAAGGAGUGAGGACCUUGAAAGUCUAACCGUCACAUUUAGAACCAGCUGUCGGCCAGAAUGGUAUAAUCCAUGAAAGCCGCAUAGAUGACCCUAUAUUCACCAUUUCUGGAAUUCUAGCCACAGUAAUUGUGUGGUGGUGACUGACAGUGGCUGUAACUGUACCGAGUGAUUUCCCCAGACAGAGGAGAACUAUUCCAACCAGGACAAGCAAGACCUUGCGUUCUAGCUAUAAGACACAGAAUUUUUAUUUAUUUGAAAAUGAAAGUUGAAAUCUUAAAUUGAAAAGGAAUAUAAUGAUCUGUUAUGUUUUCUAGAUGAGUCCAGCCAUCAUAUCAGUUGACCAGAAAACUGAGAAAAUUUCCAUGUUAGCCUCACAGUCUGACUCUAGAUUCUAAAGAACAGUAAAGAAUCAGGUCAAUAAAUACAAUUUAAGAUGAAGAGUUUUGGAAGCUGGCUAUGCUAUAAAAUGGUCCUGAGCAAUGUAUACCUGAAACUUACAUAAUAGAAAAAAAAUCAUUAAGAAAAUGAAUUGACACAGACUAGGAGAAGAUAUUUUCAAAUCAUACUUGGUAAAGGACUUAUAUCUAGAUUACAUAAAGAAUUCUUAGAACUCAAAUGUAAGACAGCUCCAUUUUUUAAUGAGCAAAAAUUUAAAUACACAUUUCAGCAAAGAAGAUACUCAAGUGGCUUAGCAUAUGAAAAGGUGCAUCACAAAUCAUUAGGGAAAUGAAACCAAAAUUAGAUACCAGUUCCCAUCCACUAGGGUGACUAUAACAAAGACAAAGAUAGUGCUGGUGAAGAUGUGGAGAAACUGGAGCCCUAAAUGGUGGGAAUGUAAAAUGAUGCAGCCACUUUGGAAAGUGGUCUGGCAGUUUCUUAAAAAGUUAAAUAUAAGCUUACCAUAUGACCCAGCAAUUCCAUGCAGUAUUCCAUCCUAAGAGAAAUGAAAACAGUUCACAAAGACUUGUAGACAAAUGUUCAUAGCAUUAAUCAUACUAGUGAAAAAGUGGAAGCAAUCUAAAUGACCAUCCACUGGUAAAUGGGUAUACAAAAAAUCCAUAUAGAGGCCACCUCUCACUCCCUCAUCUUCAGAGGCGGCCCACACCCUAUGGAGUGUGUACCUACUUUUACUCUAAUUUGAGCACCCAACCCCCACACUUCCUGGCCUUUCUCUUGCCUUUUCAAACAGCCUACACUCUAUACAGUAUGUAUCUCUCUAACUAAAUCUACCCUUACUCAAAAAAAAAAAAUCCAUCCAGCAGAAUCCUGAUGUAUGCUACUCCAUGGAUGAACCUCAGAAUCUUCAUGCUAAGUUCUUAAAAGAAGUCUGACACAAAUAAAACCAUGUAAGUUAUGGUUCCACUUAUAAUAAAAUGUCAGAGAAGGAAAAUAUCUAAGACAGAUACUAGAUGGGAGGUUACAUGGGCCUGGGGUAGGAGUGGGGAUUGUCUGCAAAUGGCCACAGGGAUCUCUCUGGGGUGAUGAAAACAUUCUACAACAAACUGAUUUUUGCACAACUUUUGUAAACUUUAAAAAUAAAAAUGAUUGAUUUGUGCACUUAAAA